UUUUGAAUCAUUUCGAAAAUUGUGUUUGCCCGGUACGAUUCUUCGAUCUCCGAUUCUCCGAUUCUUCGCCGGCAGGUGAAUUUUGAAUAUCGCACCGGAAUAAAAAAAAAAACCCAAAAAAUAAAACAAAUAACGGGAAUGACAAAAAAACAAAUCACAGCGGGCCUUAAUUAUUUAAUUGAAUUAUAAAGUUAUAAAGUGCUGGUGAUCGCAGUAAAUCGGAUAAUAAAAUAAUAAAAUAAAAUAAUAUUUUAUUCACUAUGAUAAUAAGCAUUUUAAAUUGAUUUUUUGUUGUUUUUGUUGAACGUGAAUAUCGCAACGGAAUAAAAAAACCCAAAAAAAAUAAGGCAAAUAUCGGGAAUGACAAAAAAAAAAUCAAAUCGGAACAGCCACCGGGCGUUAAUUAUUUAAUUGAAUGAUAAAGUGCUGGUGAUCGCAGUAAAUCGGAUAAUUAAAUUGUUUUUUUUAUGGCAAAAUAAACUGCUUAAUAAAUGAUUUAAGCAAUUAAAUUGAUUUUAGCAAAUUAACCUAGAAUUGCUGGUACUAAAAUAUUUUAAUGUGCGCGCCCCUCUUUUAUUUUGAAUUAAAAUAAUAUAAUACGCAUUUUAAAUUGUUUUUUGUUGUUUUUGUUGAGAGUGCAGUUAAGAUCAAGCAAUGUGUGUGUGUGUGUGUGUGUUUGUGAGGAAGUUAUAGUUUAAUGUUGGUUAGCUUCAAUUGUCGAGCAACACAAAAAAAAUUAUAAAAAAAAAGAAAAAUAAAUAAUACAGCCGCAGCAGCAGCAACAAUAGCAAAAACAAAAACAACAAAGUGAUGCUGAUUGAUGUCACACACACCACGUUAAAAAAUACAUUAUCACCUUGAAGGGGUUUAUCAAUUUUGUCAGCCCAUAAAGAUGGUAUCUUGGAAAACAGUUUAGAGGAGAGCUUGAGAAAAUUUUCCAAUACAACAGAUUCGCCCAACGCUCCACAGCGGAAACGGAAGUGACGCCCCGGGGGAAGAAGAGGAAGCGCCGGUGGGGCAGGACAAACGGCUGAAUAAUGCAAAUUAAAACACAAUAAAAUGUAAAACACAAAUGACAACCGAGCGAAAGGAGCAAGAAAUAGCGAAAGCGAAAGUGACUGCGAAUGCGAAUCGUCUGACAGGCCAAAAAAUGCGAGUGGCGGCAACUUUUCCACUGAAUUGAUUCGAUUUCAACCAGUACUCCUGGCAUACGGAGCGUAUGCGCGAUAUACGUAUACGCGAUAUUUAUAGGGUAUAGGAGGGCAUAGUAGGGGCUAUAGGGUGGUGAGAAGGGCGUAGGGCGCCGGGGGAGCGGCUGUUUGGAAAAUUUGCAUAACUUUGCUGGCGUGGCAUAAACAUCAGAAAACAAAUUGCAAGUAACAAAGGGAAACAACGGUCAUAAAAACGGCGCCAGCCUCGUAAAAAUACGUAAAAAUUACACCCAACCCCCAAAAAAAAAAACAAAAACCCCGAGCGCUGAAAUUAAUUUAUGCAGCAAAUCAAAAACGAAUAGGGAAGAAAUAUAAAAAAUAAACGCAGGCCGUAACAAUUAAGAGGGAAGAAAAGCUCGGAAAAGCUGGGAAAAGUGCAGCAAAUAUAAUUGAGAAAAAUCAGAAAAAUCAGAGAAAAAACAGAGUGCUGAAAAACCGGUUAGCAAGGGUUGCUUAUAAAUGUACCAGGACAGCGGCUGCAGCAGCAGUAGCAGUCGACGCGGCAGCAGCAGUGCAGCAGCAACAACUACAGCAGCAACUGCAGCAGCAGCAGCAGCAACAGCAGCAACAGCAGCAGCAGCAACAGCAGCAGCAGCAGCAACAACCAGCAGCAGCGACGAGGAAACCCUCGAAACCCUGACCAUUAUAACGACCACCAUCACCGAGAGCGAUAUCCAUGCGACGACCACAACCACGACGGUUAUAGCCAGCGGCACGGCGACCACGGCGGCAACAGCAACACUAGCCACACUAGCAACACUUGGCAACACCAGCAACACCAGCGACAUCGAGGACAGCAGUCCGGUGGAGAGCGAGGAGUCCGCCGAGUGUGAGUACAUCGAGAUCGAUUGCCAGACGACCGUCCAGGAGGGUACCUCGCCGAGCAGCAGCAGCACCACCAGCAGCAGCGGCAAUGCGGCCUUGCUGCAGCAACAGCAACACCAGCAGCAGCAGCAACAGCAACAGCAGCAGCAGCAGCAGCAACAGUUGCAACUGCAGCUGCAGCAGGCGGACGUGCGAUUGUUGCGUAAAAUAGGCUAUAUUGCAUCGCGUGUGCGGUGUUUGGCCAAGUUCUACGGUGAUUUUCGGCUGGUGAAUCCCUAUAGUGCCCGCCGGCAGAGGCGUCAGCUGCAGGAGAUCCUGCUGCGGCACUCGAUCUUCGAUCCUGGCAAGGAGCAUCAGCGGGCAAUUGUCCUGGCAGCGGCAACGGCGGCCAUAGUGGAUUGCGCCUGUGGGAGCAGCAGCAUCAGUUUAGAGGCGGUCAGCAGCAGGAGUCGCAGCAGUGAGCUGGAGGAGGAUCAUCAGGAUCAGCAGGAUCACCAGGAUCAGCCAGAGCAGGAGGAUCGUCAUCAGCAGGAGGAGGAGGAAGAGGAGGAGGAUCACCAGGAGAAGCUAGAGAAAACAGAGGAGGAGCCACCGCCGGCGAUUGCCGUGACCACCACCACCACCACCACGGCCACCGUGCGCCGGAAGUCGUCGAGCAGCUCGACCAUCAGCGGCACGGCCACCGUUUCCGGUUCCGUUUCGGUCUCCGCCUCUGCCUCGCAAUCCUUUUGCUCCAACAAUAUCAAUCUGCUCGAGGAGCUGCUCAUUCAGUUCUACGAGGAGCAGGAUCAUCGCAGCAAUCUCACGGUGAUCAGGCAGCAGCAUCAGCAGCAGCAACAACAGCAGAGGAUCGCCAACAACAAUAACAACAACAACAAUUGCAACAGCAUACAGAACAACAACAACAUGUCGAAUUCAGCCGGUGGCACUGCGGCAGCAGCGGCAGUAGCAACAACAACCACAAUGACAACCGUUGAGCAGCCGGCCACAUCGAGCGGUACCACCAGCGGCAGCACCACCACCACCACCACCACCCACUUGCAACCCACCGCCCUGCCCGACGGCAGCGAUAAUCGCGAUAAUCCCCGUCGCCGGCGGGCCAGCGACUGCUCGGCGGUCCAGGCCGCCCUCCAGAAUCAGCUGCACUGCAUCACGCUGAAGAACAACAAUUGCGGCAAGGCACUGCCCUUCCAUCGCGGCAGUUGCGGCGCUGCCGGUGAGCAUCUGCUGGCCGCCAAUUCGAUUGCCAAUCGGGCCACCAUUAUCCUGAGUAAAUCCUGCAGCAAUGUGGAUGGCGAUGUGGCAGGCGGAGCCAAUACAGUGGCUUCGGCGGCUUUGACUCCAGUUGGCAUCGGUGGUAGUAUUAAAAUGCGGGCCAGUGCCACCGAUAUCGAGUCAACGAAUAUGGCGCUGAAUGGGGCGGCCAGGGAUGCCAUUGUGGCCGCCUCGAAUAAUGGGAAUAACGGGAAUAAUGGUAAUAACGGCAACAACGAGUACAGCAUCCUGCAGCUGAACAACACGAUCAUCCAGUGCCACUUCAACGACGACGACUUCCGCGCCCUCGUCAAGGACCUCAAGCGCAAGGUCGAGUACACGGAGCGCAUGAACUGGCUAUGUCUCUCCAAACGACCGCUGGGCCCGCCGCAUCGUAAAAGCAGUCUACCAAAGCAUCAGGAGGUGAAGCGCCGCUUCCUGGAAAUUUGUGAUACGACCUUCUCGGAGGAGGUGAGGGCCGCCCUGCGCCUGCCGGCCUUCGACUCCUACGAGUGGGGCGACGCCGACGUCAUCCACCUCAUGCAGACCAUGUUCGUCGAGCUGGGCUUCAUCGAGAAGUUCAGCAUCCCGGUGGACACGCUCCGCGAAUGGCUCUACGAGGUCUACAAGCACUACAACGAGGUGCCCUUCCACAACUUUCGGCACUGCUUCUGCGUUGCCCAAAUGAUGUAUGCCAUAACGCGCCAGGCGAAUCUGCUGAGCCGCCUGGGCGACCUGGAGUGUCUGAUCCUGCUGGUGUCCUGCAUCUGCCACGACCUCGACCAUCCUGGCUACAACAAUAUCUACCAGAUUAAUGCCCGCACCGAGCUGGCACUCAGAUACAAUGACAUCUCACCGCUGGAGAACCACCAUUGUUCGAUAGCGUUCCGACUGCUGGAGCAUCCCGAAUGCAAUAUAUUCAAGAACUUCAGCCGCGACACCUUCAACAACAUUCGCGAGGGCAUCAUCCGCUGCAUUUUGGCCACGGACAUGGCCCGUCACAAUGAGAUCCUCACCCAGUUUAUGGAGAUAACGCCCGUUUUCGACUACAGCAACCGUGCGCACAUCAAUCUGCUCUGCAUGAUCCUGAUCAAGGUGGCGGACAUCUCGAAUGAGGCGCGACCCAUGGACGUGGCCGAACCCUGGCUGGACCGCCUGCUCCAGGAGUUCUUCGCCCAGAGUGCCGCCGAGAAGUCCGAAGGAUUGCCGGUGACGCCCUUCAUGGAUCCGGACAAGGUCAGCAAGCCGGGCUCGCAGGUCCGCUUCAUCGGACUCGUCCUCCUGCCACUCUUCGAGGCUCUUGGCGAACUGGUGCCGGAGCUCACCGACCUCAUCAUCAUACCCGUGCGCAUCGCCCUGGAGUACUACAGACGUCUUAAUGAUGCCCAGACUAAAACGCGCAAAUCGGUGGCGGACAGCAACACGUCGGCGACCUCGGACAGCAACAGCGGCACCAUUGACUCCAAUGCGGCGAUGGUCAGCACUCCGGGCGGGGCCAGCGAUAAGCUGAGCCUGGACAAGACCCAGGGCAACUCGCAGGGCUCCGGCGGAGGAGGCGGCGGAGGCGGGGCAGGAGGUACUGGAUCCGGCGGCGGUGGGAACAAUGCCGCCGGAAGCGUCUCGCCACAAAUGCCACGUUCCGGUUCCGGGAUCAGUGUGAAGUCGCGGCGCAGCAUUCCCUCACAGAAGUCCGCCUCGAGGACGUCCGUGGAUGAGCCCGGCGGAAUGGCGGCGGAGCUCCACGAUUUGCCGGAGGGCAGCGAGAGCGGCGACUCGGAAACGGCCACCGAAGUGGAUGUGGCCGAGAAGACGUCCAAGUUCAAGGUGGACACGGAGGGCAGCAGCAACCGGAGCAAGUCCUCGCACUCGACCUCCCGGAAGUCGUCGCGCGAGAAGCGUCCCUCGAUGAUCGGCGAGCUGUGCAGCAGCGGCGGUGGCCAGCGGAUCCGGAACUCGUACGGCAACAUCCAUGGCUACCACAGCAAUCGCUGUCACUUCGGCAACAACCGGGCGGUCAGCCUGGAUCAGUACAGUAGUGCCGGGAAUAAUCGCCGCUUGUCGGACGGAUUGCCGCAGGUGAUCUCGGAUAGUAAUGUUUUCUACGGUCGGCACAAUCGCAGCAGCAUGGAGACCGGCGGCGGCGGUGGUGCGGUGAUUAGUGCUCCGCAGGACACCAAUGCCAAUACCAAUCAUCCGGGCGGAUGUCAGCUCAAGGAGCUGUUGGCCAGGACCGAGGCGGACUCGGAGGGCGAGGGAGAUGGCAAGAAGAUGAUGCCACUGGCUGCCAUACCGUCGCUGCCCUUGGCCACCUCAUCGAAUGGUAAUAUAUCGCCGCCCCUGGUGGUCACCGAGCAAAUCCUGCCCAGCAAUGGCAGUACACGGAGCAGUGCCAGUGGCUCUGGAGUGCCUGGAGGAUCUGGAACCGGAGGUGGUGUGGGUGGUGGUGGUGGCGCAGGACCCUCGACUGGUGGUGGCAGCUCCUGGAAAUCGAGACUGCGCCAGUUCUCCGAUUACUUUAGCUUCAGCUUCGAUAAGAGCAACAAGCGUUUUGGCAGCACACGGAGCAGUCCAUGUCCCGGUUCCAAUUCCAGUUCCGGAAGGGCCAACAACAAUGCCAAUGGCUUGGGUGAAAAUCAAGAGGGAACCGGAGGAGGAGGAGGAGGAAAGCCGGGAAUUUGCUGCACCAUCAACGCGGGAAUGGGUGAGACUGGAACCGCAGGAGGCGGAGGAGUUGGAACCUUGACCACUGGGAAUGAUGCCCAUCAGCGACAUCGCGCCUACAGUCUAGAUGUGCCCGGCAUGAUGCGAUAUUCCUCCAACGACAGCAGUCGCCAUCCCAGCAACAAUACCCUACAGAGUGCGGGAGGAGGAGGAGGAGUAGGAGGCACUGGCACCGCAGGAUUAGCUGGCGGAUUAGAGGUAACCGCCCAGCGAGUGCCGCCCAGCUUGAGUGUGGAAUUGGGCCUGGCCAGCGGAUCGUCAUCAGAGGCGGGCCCAAAGAUUUGACAACAGGGGAGCACCAGGGAGGAUGCAGCAUUGACCAAGGGCUAUGGUGACGUUGAGGAGGAGGAGCAGGAGGAGGAUGAGGAUGACGGCGAUGUGGGCGACGAGGAGCACCGUCAGCUGCACCAUCAGCAGCAACAACAACCAGAUGCCACCUCCAGCUGCGAGGUGUCCUCCAUGUCGAUGACCGUGUGGUCGGCGAUUGGCCAACGUUUGAACGCCCUCGUCUGUCAUUGCUGCGAACGCAAAUUACCAGAACCGGAAAAUGUCUAAAUGGGUGGGGGUAAAUGGCAUAAAAGGGGGGGAGUUCGCUAUGAAGCACCCAACCCCCAUCACCUUUUAGCAGCUGCGGGGGGUUCGUUGGCUCUCACAGACUUUGUCUUUGCCUGGUAGCCUAAGUUUAAGCCUAGUUCUUAACUAUUUACUCUAAGUUUCCACAGAUUUUACUCUCUUGUUUUUUUCUUUUUUUUUAUUAUUUUAUAUACUUCUCUUGUUUACCUUUUAAGUAUUUUUAUUUAUGUACACGCGCAUACACACACAAAUAUAUACAUAUUAUUAUUAUUGAUUGCAUUUAAUUUUGUGGUCCAAAACGAAGUGGCAAGCAAAUGGAGCGAGUAUUUGGUUAGUUGUUCUGCUAAAGCAAUAAAAUCUUUUUUAUAUAUUUAUCUGAACAGUUCAAACCAACCUUAAAGACCAAAUUUGCACAAAAGUUUUUAAAUCAACGAUGUGUUAUCAUCAUUCGGCUACUAAAAGGAUCUUAGCAAUCACAAAAAUGGCGCCCAAACAAAAACUACAAGGACUUACUUUUAAAAUAACUUAAGUUCGUG